AUGCGCUUCACCGUCCUUCUCGCUGUGGCCACAGUUUCCGCAGUCUCAGCCUCCGCGCUCGACUUCUCUGCUAUCAGUCUUCCAUCACUUCUUGGGGGCAUCGAUGUUUCGUCCGGCAACAAGUACGGUGCGCCCAAAGCUCCUUGGGUAGCUGGGGCUACGCCUGGCUGGUACUUUGGGAGUAGCCCGUCCAAGUUCAAAACUCUUCCCUGCCUUAGUGGAAUCAUCUGCUCCAUUCUUGAGCUGUUCCCAGACUGCUUGCACUGCCCGUCUGCGCCGCCCACGACAACUUCAGACGGCUAUACACAGACUUUCAGCAACCUGACUGGCGCAACCCAGGCGUCGGACUACAUGACCUACGGCUUGGUCGACACUAUUCCUGAGUGCAAAGCCAUGUGUAACAGCGUUACUGGAUGCAAAUUCGUCAACACGUAUCAUGACGUUAACGGCAAAGGCGGCAGCACACAACUUACCUGUUCGCUGUUCACGAGUUGCCACACUAGCGCCGACGCGGAUAACAUGGGCGGGCAAACUCAACCUGACGGCACAAUUGAUUACAUCACAAAUAGCGACGGAUGGUGCAAGCAGUAG